GAGACCGGAAGAAAACUCUGUUUUUGGCUAUCGAUGAUAAGAAAGAAAUCCGCGGCGAUUGGUGGCGGCGGAAACGGCGGAAAUUCGUUGGAAUCCCCGUUGAUCUAUCUGUUCUUGAGUUCUUGUUCAGUUUUCUUGUUAGGUAGCUAACAAUUGGUAUCAGAGCCCUCGAUUCCUUUCCUGGUUUCAUUGAUUCCCUUGGUCCGCCCGUGAAAAUUCCAUUAGAUAGGUGGGAAUUCGCUGUUAAUCAGUGUGAUUCCGCAAAAGCUUUUGGGGCUCCCUUGAUCUGGUUGGCUGGAUUCGAGGUGAAACCGGGAAAAAUUCAUCCUGGAGCGACCUAGGUAUAUCACGAAACAAGCAGCUCAAAUCAUGGCUCAAGAAGGGAAGCUCGAUCUCUUGUUGAAGAUGAUGGAGGAUGCAGAGAAGAAGAGGGAGGAGACGGGAGGAGUCCGAUGCGUUGAAUCUAGCGGAGCUGCAGUCGUUGAAGGCGGUGGUGGAAUCGCGCAUACCCAUGGUGGAAUAGAAGGUGAGCGAGUUGGGGGGAUCUGUUAGCGAUUUGGCAAAGAGAGUGAACUCGAUCCAGGCAGGGUUGGAGAAGUGCCAGCGGGAUGUUCAACAGAAGGUGUUGUUCAAGGCAGAAGGCAGCCAAGGACCCAGUCAGAUGUUGAAUGAAGAUGAUCUCAAUGGUAAUUCCCCAAAUCCUUUCCUGUUUACUCCACAGGGAAAUCGCCUUCCUCAGUUCACUUCUGCAAGCCCUUUCACUCUUGAAAAUUCUAGUCAUCAGCAUAUGGAUACUAUGGUAUGGCUAGCAACGGUGGUAAUGUCCCCCCCAUGUCUUGUCCCCAAUUUGAUGGUGAGAAUACCCAGUUAUGGCGAGAUAAUUGUGAAAUUUACUUUGAUGUGUAUGGUGUGCAUCCAGCCAAUUGGGUUAAGGUGGCUUUGCUGAAUUUCACUGGUAAUGCUUCAUUUUGGUUGCAAUCGGUGCGGCACCAGAUGGUGGGCAUUUCGUGGAUGGAGCUGUGUGACAUGGUCUGUCAUAAGUUCACCAGAGAUAGACAGGCAACCCUGAUAAGGCAAUGGAUUCAUGUGGGACAGACUGGCAGUGUAGCUGAGUAUGUUGAAAGGUUUGACAACUUAAUGCACCACCUGCUUUCUUAUGAUAAUGCUCUCACCCCUCCUUAUUUUUUAACCAAGUUUGUGGAUGGAUUGAAAGAUGAGAUUAGAGGAGUGGUCAUGAUUCAGAAACCAGUGGAUCUGGAUGCUGCUUGCUCAGUGGCUAUGCUUCAGGAGGAAAUCUUGGAUGGGAAUAAGAAAAUUUCUUUCAGGAAGGCUGAGGGUACUAGCUUCACCAAGGCUUUCACUAGACCAGUUCAGGGCACUGUAUGUCAGAAGAGUCCUGUGGCAACGCCUGGAGAGGAAAAGAGAAUCUUGGAGUCUGCCAGAACUACUCCCAAGGAUGACAAGGUUUCUCAAUUAAGGUCUUAUAGACGUUCUAAGGGGUUAUGCUUUACCCAUGGUGAACGUUGGAGUAAGGACCAUAAGUGUGCUCAGACCGUCCAGUUGCAUGUGGUGGAGUUAGAGGCAUUUCAACUUGAGGAAGAAACAGACAGUUUGGAGACAAUCCUUGAGUCUAACCCAGAGGAGAACAACCUCAUGACCAUCUCAGUUCAUGCUUGGAAUGGCACUGAUUCAGCCCAUUCUCUUCGAGUUAAGGGAUUAAUACAAGGCACUGAACUUCUUAUGCUCAUUAACUCUGGGAGUACCCACUCAUUUGUCGAUGAACAGAUGAUUCACCAUUUUCCAGGAGUGGUGUCCACAACUCCGCCAGUUAAGGUCAGGGUUGCUGAUAAACAACUUCCUGACUGUGUUGGUGGCUUCAAGGUAGAUGCUAUCGAUCCAAUUUUAAGCUAAUACCUCUAAAUGGGUAUGAUGCCAUAUUAGGCAUGGAUUGGUUGGAAGGGCUGGGGGUCAUGAAAAUUGAUUGGUUGCAGAAAUGGUUAGAGUAUGAAGAACAUGGGGAAACUAUAAGAAUUCAGGGGGUAUUUAAUAAUGUGGCUGAAUGUCAGAUGAUUUCUGGGGCUCAACUGAGAGGCUUGUGUAAGAUGGGGGCUCUUAUUUUGCCGUCGAGGUUGAGAGCAGCCGCCCCGGCGAUCGCGGGCGAGCCAUUUGGGUUUUUUUUCUUCCGGUCAUUUGGUUUCCGCCACCGCCGCCGCCGCUGCCGCCGCGGCGUCGUGGGUGUGGUUUUGCUUUGCUGCAGCAGCUAGUGCUGUGUCGCCGUGCGGCUUGGGCAUUGCGCUGCCCGAACACAUCGCCUUCGCGGGCUAAUGCCUUUUUUUUCUCCUCAGGUUUUUGGUGCUGUUGCUGGUUUCAUUGGUUCAUGCCAUCUGCAUCGGCUGCUAGAGCUCAUCACAAGGCAGUGAUUCGUCGUACGCCAUCUUCAUCACAUCAUGUGAACCUUCGUUCUUGCUUGGUCUUUCUUGCUCCGUUCGCACUUCAGACGAAGCUUUGGUCAAACGUAGAAAAAGCAGAUAGAGCUAGCAAGACUAAACAGCACACAAACCACCACAUCCAACUCAGCCUCAACAAACAUACUGGAUCAUCUUCUACAGCCAACCAAAAAGGACUGUCAAAGAUAUGUGCUACUACAACAAAAGUAUAAAGCUAUCAAGCGAACUAAAGAACUACGUGAAAGAUAUUGCGACAUUCCCGCAUCACUCAAGCAAAUUCUAAUUCUACUUGUUACUAUCAACCAGACAUUCAUGAAUACUUCACAAAAGAAUUCUCAGAAAAAUACAUUCAGCCACUCACCCAACACAAGACAACAAAGGAUCAAGUGCAUACUGCAGGAAACACAUCAACCACCAUGGUUCUUCACAAGUCAACAGAUGAUCGGUACAAUCUAAAAGCAGGAUGGUCAGAGUUUGCAACGGCCAAUAAAAUACAAGUGGGAAUAAUCUGCAUUUUCCACUUCUACGAAACGAAUCAGCUACAAGCAACAAUACAUAUAACGUGAAUGCAUUGAUCAUGCGCUGCAGAAGAACCAUCCUUGUACUAUCAUGAAAAUACUUUAUCAACACCUACUAGCUGCCGUAAGACAACCCCACUAUGCUAAGUAUUUAUAACCUUUAUAUCCCUGCUAUAUGCUGCUUGUUUCUCUGUAAAUGUUAUGUUAAAGACAUCAUCUUCACCUACUGUUGUAGUGUAGUUGUUAAGAACAACCUUAUCACUGUCAUUGACGAUUUUGUUUACUCAUAUACCCAAUGAACGAUGCACCACCUUCUGUAUAACUUGCUAUGUUAUAUUAUGUUGCUGAUCAUUUUAUUACCUUCAUAAACCUUAGUAAUAUGACACUUAUACUCUUACAGUCUAAGUCAGUUUCUUUGCACCAUAUCCACUCCAUUAACUGAACUGAUAAUGCUAUGACAUUAACGUUUACACCCGGCAAUCCAACUAUCCACAGGCGGCGCGCCAGGGCGCGCCCAUCCAUCUAGUUUACAUACUACUUAUAAACUAUAUGCAUGUACACAUCAUGUAAUCUAUAGAAACAAAUGGGUCCAAGAGGAAUAGUGCCACUGACAAGACUUUAAGCAACUCAAGAAAAUAACAGGCACUAAUGUUUCAAGUUUAGUAAGCAUACUCCCUCUGGUUCCAUAAUAGUUACUCUCUCUGUUUCACAUUGUAAGUCAUUCUAGCAUCUCACAUAUUCAUAUAGAUGUUAAUGAAUCUAGACAUAUAUACAUGUCUAGAUUCGUAUAUAUGUCUAGAUUCGUUAACAUCUAUAUGAAUGUAGACAAUGCUAGAAUGUCUUAUAUUAUGAAACGGAGGAAAUAACGUUUUGGACAAAGAUUGCAGUCAAUCUUUUAUAACUUUGACUAUCAAUAACUUUAAACGUAUUUAGUUUAAAAGAACUAGAAUAACAUAUAUGGAUCUAUCUUUCAAAGCUCUAUAAUAAAAGUAAACAUGUAUUUAUUUAGGUCCCCAUCGUUUGGCUUAUUUCCUAAUAAGUCAAAACGGCUUAUUAGGAAAUAAAAAUAAAUUUAUAGAUGAAAUUUUUAUAAAUGUGUUCUUG